UGGGGGGUCAAAGUACUCUUGAUGAUGAGUUGAUAUUCUUAUUAUUUUAAAAUCUUUAUUACUUAUUUAAGUUAUUUCAAAAAGUAUAUCGACACGAGUGCCAAUAGGGCUUAUAUAUAUAUAUAUGCUCAUAAACAUAUAUAAUUAUGCAUGAGGGAGUAGUAGCUUGCAAUGUCUUAAACUUUGAUAUAUCUUGCCCUUGUCACUCUUUAAAAAAAAAUUGAAUAUGAAAACACACAAUCAAUAUUCCACGGUCUACCACAGUUUCUCAGUCAGUUUCAUAUUCAGAUGCAUCAGAGUUCUUAUCAACAGAUCUAUCACUCUCUUGCCUUAAAUUCGACGACGUUUCUGGUUUUUUGGUUCUUUGCUUAUUUUCUUAAUUAUCUAAAGAUUGUAUGUAAAUUAAUUUAUAUCGAAAGAGAAAAAUAAAAAUGUCAAGAAAGCCAUGUUGUGUGGGAGAAGGGCUGAAGAAAGGAGCAUGGACCGCCGAAGAAGACAAGAAACUCAUCUCUUACAUUCAUGAACACGGUGAAGGAGGCUGGCGUGACAUCCCCCAAAAAGCUGGACUAAAACGAUGUGGAAAGAGUUGUAGAUUGCGAUGGGCUAACUAUUUGAAACCUGAUAUCAAGAGAGGAGGGUUUAGUUACGAGGAGGAACAGAUUAUCAUCAUGCUUCACGCCUCUCGCGGCAACAAGUGGUCAGUCAUAGCGAGACAUUUGCCCAAAAGAACGGAUAACGAGAUUAAGAACUACUGGAACACGCAUCUCAAAAAGCGCUUGACCGAUAAGGGAAUCGAUCCCGUGACCCACAAGCCACUUGCCUAUGAUUCAAACCCGGAAGAGCAAUCGCAAUCGGCGGGUUCCAUCUCUCCAAAGUCUCUUCUUCCUCCAAGUUCCUACAAUGUACAGGAGAUAAGCAGCAGUGAUGAGACACCGAAAAAUGAUGUUUCCUUGAGCUCCAAGAAACGCUGUUUUAAGAGAUCGAGUUCUACAUCAAAACUGUUAAACAAAGUGGCAGCUAGGGCUGCUUCCAUAGGAAAUAUCUUAGCAGCCUCCAUCGAAGGAACCUUGAUCAGCUCUACACCGUUGUCUUCAUGUCUCAAUCAUGACUCUUCCGAAACAAGUCAAUUUCAGAUGGAAGAAUUUGAUCAAUUCUGUCAGUCAUCUGAACACAUAAUUGAUCAUAUGAAAGAAGACAUCAGCAUCAACAAUUCCGAAUAUGAUUUCUCGCAGUUUCUUGAGCAGUUUAGUAAAAAUGAAGGCGAAGAAGCUAACAAUAUUGGAGGAGGAUAUAACCAAGAUCUGCUUAUGUCUGAUGUCUCAUCAACAAGCGUUGGUGAAGACGACAUGAUGAAAAACAUAACCAGUUGGUCAAAUUAUCUCCUUGACCAUUCCGAUUUUAAUUAUGACAAGAACCAAGAUUACGACGACAAGAACUUCAUAUGAUCCGUUGAUUGAUUACCGGACUAGAGUUGACCGGUUAAUGUCAUGGUUCUCUUAGAUAUUUGUCAAGUUAUAGUAAAGGUCCAUUAUAGGGUCACUAUAUAUUAAUAUUCAAUAAUGGAUUCUCUUAGUUAGAGACCUUAUGGUAUGCCAUGGAUCAAUUAGUAUUUGAUUCGCGGGAGACACGAGUUUUUUUUUUUUUUUUUUUCUUUCGUUGUUUAUAUCUAUUUUGAUCGUUGUGGAUGUCCUUCUGAGAAUAAAGUAUCACAUAAAGCA